AUGCGACCCUGGAACGCCGAUGAAUGGGGCGCCUUUGUGUCAUGGUUCAUGUUGGGACAUAUUGUCUGGGUUCUGGUAGGGACGACGACUUUCUUUUCACUCCUGAUAUUUUCCAUCAACACUGUAUUUGCCCAAGAAACUCUUGCCAAGUGGGUCGGUGACUAUUUGACACAAUCCGCCGGGGUCACUGUAGUUUUUGAAUCAGCAAUUGUGCCAAAGUGGAAGAAUGGAGUAAUCGCCUUUCGGAAUGUGUUCGUUUCCCGUAGACCUGGCCAAGUUGAGUCGUCUGUGAGCAAAGGGUCCUCGGAUGCCGCCGCGGUGGCCGCGGCCGGUCGACUGGCUCAAUCUAGCGAGCCUCACGAGACAGAAGAUGACGGAAAUUACACCCAGUUCGACGUCACCAUCGCCAAUGUCAACGUCACCCUCUCGUUCGUUAACUGGUGGAACGGCAAAGGCUUGUUAAAGGACGUCGAAGUCAAUGGCGUACGAGGAAUCGUCGAUCGUACCUCAGUACACUGGCCGGAGGAAGAUACAGACCCGUUUUCGUACAGGCAUGAACAUCAACCUGGCGAUUUCGAGAUUGAAUCGUUCAAGUUGGAAGAUGUGCUACUGACGAUCCAUCAACCUGACGGAUUUCGACCCUUCUCCGUCAGCAUUUACUCGUGUGAGCUACCGCAGCUUCGGAAGCAAUGGCUCUUUUACGACUUCCUUUCGGCGAACCACAUGUCCGGCUCGUUUGACGGCUCGCUCUUCACGAUACACCCCCGCCAAGUCCACGGCGUAGUGCCCAGCCACGAGCAAGACGCGUCAACGGAGCUAGGGGAGCAAAAUGGCUGGAAAAAGUUCAGCAGGCUCCGAAUCGACGGGCUCAAAAUCGAUCACUUCAACAGAGGAGUGGAAGGCCCGUUCGGCUGGAUAUACGAGGGCAACGUCGACAUCGUCGCGGACGUAAUGUUUCCAGCCGAAACCGACGAGGGCAUCACCAAGGUCAUGUCCGAUUUCUACGACCAGCUCGAGGAGGCCGUCAUCCUGAAUCGGCAGCGGCUCCUUCCGCACGCCGUCGACGACGAACCCGCCGUGGCGCAGUCCGGACACCUCUCCGACGCGGGCGGCGAGCUCGCAGGCCCCGCGGGCGGCGGAGCCGCCGAGCCUGACGACGAAGAUCGUCGCUACCUCAUCAUGGACAUGCGGAUCCACAUGCACGACGUCAAGGCCGCGGUGCCUCUGUUCACCAGGGACAUGUCCUACGUGAACCAAGCGCUCGUGCGGCCGAUAGUGGCGUACAUCAACGCCAAGAAGACCUACAUCCCCGUAUCUUGCCGCAUCGUCAAACGGCUCAGCGACUUUGACGGAAGCUGGACGGUGUACGACUGCGGCCUGAUGAACGAUUUGUCGGUCGAGACGUACGAUGCCUUUGCGAGAGACGUGGAAGACCAGCAGAGUCGCGUUCGGCGGUUCAAAAAGGUGGGCUUCUGGACGCUCUCCCUUGCGGUUCAUGCUUUGUUUAUGGGCAUGGCGGGCAACGUGGUUUGA